AUGCGAACGGGGCACAGGAAGAUUCAAAGUGCAAACGGGGAACGGGAAGAUUCAAAGUGCGAACGGGGCACGGUAAGAUUCAAAGUGCGAACAGGGCACAGGAAGAUUCGUGCAAACGGGGCACAAGGCGAAUUGGGCAUUUCAAAGUGCGAACAGGGCACAGGAAGAUUCAAAGUGCGAACGGGGCACAGGAAGAUUCAAAGUGCAAACGGGGCACAGGAAGAUUCAAAAGUGCGAAACAGGGCACAGGAAGAUUCAAAGUGCGAACAGGGCACAGGAAGAUUCAAAAGUGCAGGUUUCGCACAGGAAGAUUCAAAGUUCGAAUUGGGCACAGGAAGAUUCAAAGUGCAAACGGGGCACGGGAAGAUUCAAAGUGCAAACGGGGCACAGGAAGAUUCAAAGUGCAAACGGGGAACAGGAAGAUUCAAAGUGCGAAUUGGGCACAGGAAGAUUCAAAGUGCGAAUUGGGCACAGGAAGAUUCAAAGUGCGAACGGGGCACGGGAAGAUUCAAAGUGCGAACGGGGGCACGGGAAGAUUCAAAGUGCAAACGGGGGAAGAUUCAAAGUGCGAAUGGGGCACGGUAA